ACGUCAGACGUCACCGUCCGCUCUCGGUGUGAGUGAGCCAAGAUGGCGGACUCGGUAGCGGCGGGGCUUGGAGAUGAAAAAGAGACGGAAAAUGAAGAUAAGGAGAGGGAGAAACUGGCUUUCCGUCCUACGGCUAAGUCAGAAAUAAACAGUGGUGCUUCUGAGCUGACGGAGACUUUGGGGUUUUAUGAGAAAAAUGCGAAAAACCGGGAUAAGCGCAGCGUGUCGGACCUGUCUCUGCUGAGGUUUGUCAGAGCUGAACUGACGAGAGGAUAUUUUCUGGAACACAAUGAGGCCAAAUACACUGAAAGGAGAGAGAGAGUCUAUACCUGCCUGCGCAUCCCCAAAGAGCUGGAGAAGCUGAUGAUCUUUGGCUUCUUCCUGUGUCUGGAUGCAUUUCUCUACGUGUUCACACUGUUACCCCUCAGAGUGCUGCUGGCACUCAUCAGACUGCUAACACUGCCAUGCUGUGGACUCAGUGGCUCUCGUCUCCUUCAGCCUGCUCAGGUGUGUGAUGUGCUGAAAGGCUUCAUCAUGGUGCUGUGUUACUCCAUGAUGCACUACGUGGACUACUCCAUGAUGUACCAUCUGAUCAGGGGGCAGUCAGUCAUCAAACUCUACAUCAUCUACAACAUGCUGGAGGUGGCCGACCGAUUGUUUUCCUCCUUUGGCCAGGACAUUCUGGACGCUCUCUACUGGACAGCUACGGAGCCCAAAGAGAGAAAGAGAGCUCACAUAGGUGUAAUACCACACUUCUUCAUGGCUGUGCUUUAUGUCUUUCUUCAUGCCAUUCUGAUCAUGGUCCAGGCCACCACCCUAAACGUGGCAUUCAACUCCCACAACAAGUCUCUGCUGACCAUUAUGAUGUCCAACAAUUUUGUUGAGAUCAAGGGGAGCGUGUUUAAGAAGUUUGAGAAGAAUAACCUCUUUCAGAUGUCCAACAGUGAUAUCAAAGAAAGAUUCACAAACUACGUGCUCUUAUUAAUUGUAUGUCUUAGAAAUAUGGAGCAGUUCUCCUGGAACCCAGAUCAUCUGUGGGUGCUGCUUCCUGACGUGUUCAUGGUCAUUGCUUCGGAGAUGGCUGUGGAUGUGGUGAAACACGCCUUCAUCACCAAGUUUAAUGACAUCCCAGCAGAUGUGUAUGGUGAAUACAGAGCAAGCUUGGCUUUUGAUCUGGCCAGCAGUAGACAGAAAAAUGCCUAUACUGACUAUAGUGACAGUGUAUCAAGGAGAAUGGGCUUCAUCCCUCUUCCUCUAGCUCUACUGCUCAUCCGGGUGGUGACGAGCUCAGUGAAAAUUCAGGGUGCCCUCUCCCUCGUGUGUGUGAUACUUUUUUAUCUCGGAAUGAUCACGCUAAAGGUGCUGAAUAGCAUCGUGUUGCUGGGAAAGUCGUGUGUGUACGUGAAAGAAGCGAACAUGGAGGAGAAGCUGUUCCAGUCUCCCCCCUCCGCCGCUCCCAGCCGAGCAUCCAGCAGAGCUCAUCAUGCAAAACGCACACGAGAGCCAACAAGCGAGCCAGUGGAAGAGGGCGUUUCUCCGUCAGUUAUAAAUCAACCCGUCCACCAGAUGGAGAGCCCGGUGCCUAAUCUCCCAACCAGCGAAUCGGAUCAGUUCCUCACGACGCCGGACGAAUCGGAGGAGAAGAUCAUCACACAGGACGGGACAGAACUCAUCCACAGAGCUCCUAAGAAAGACCUGCUGGAGAUCGACCGUUUCACCAUCUGCGGGAACCGAAUCGACUGAUACUCUACACAAUGGACUGUAGAGAAUGACGAGAGCUAGAAGGUGUCUACUGGCUUGAGCUUAUGACCUUUUACCCUCUGUUCAAAGGAUCAGAGGUCGAAAUAGAGAGCAGGAUAUUUAUUAAGAAGUGCACCUAAUUUAUUUAAGUUUCGAACUGAAACACAUUCAUCAUUACCUGCUCCACCUCUACUGGACUCACGGAUAAUUCCGCCCUUUCCAAAGGUCCAUAUUUACUCCUUUACAUCACCAGGAACAGACCUUGACCUUCCCCUAUCCCAAAAGACAGAAAGAGUGACGGAUCACUUCGGUCAACAUCUAAACAAAAGACCAAUGUUUAUAUGAGGUCAGUCACGAGGAAAAACUUUAGGUCGUUAAUAUGUGGCUUUUUUUUUUUUGUCAUGCUCAGUUGCAUUUUCUUACAGCUCUGAAGUUUUGCACAUGUUUCUUUCUCAUUUAUUUUUUUUCUCAGUGAUUUUGAACCUAUUGAUUUAUACUUGUGCAGAAAUGACAGAUGAGUAGUGUAUAAAGUAAGACUUUAUGUAAAGGUUCCCUUCACUAGCAUGUAGCUAUGCAUUAACAUAUUUUUUUUUUAAAUCAGCAUUAACAAACCAUCCAACAAAGUAAACAAAGGCAACAAGGCAAUUUAAAAGAUGUGUUAAUAAACAUUUAUAAACAUGUUAUAAACAAAACACCCCCUGCAUUGACUUAAUUGGUUUAUUUAGUUCAUGAAUAAAAAAUAAUUAAACAAAAUUCAGCAAAAAAAUUAAAUAGCAUCAUGAUCCAUAACUCAACUUUGAUGGGUUUAAAUGUUUGAGUAAUGCAGGUUGAAUAUCUGAAACAUCAAUUAAUGCAAAUAUUAGACAUUUUAUAGAAAUAUAAAUGAUAAAGUUCAUCACUGAUACAUUAAAUGUCCAUUUCAGGAACCUUACUGUAAAGUGUUACUGAUAAAGAGUACAGCAGCUCAGCUUUCUACAUCUGGAUCCAGAAAACCAGCAUUAGACUGAAAUAUCUCGUUUUUUCAUGGUUUUUAUUUUUAUUUAAUACAUUUUCUGAAGCAUCAGUUCGCACCACUGAAAUUAAGCACAAUUUGCUGCAGUGUAUCCAGAGUAGAAAUACAUCGGCUGUAUUGUUGUGCUGCUUUUAUUUUUUAUUUUAUUUUAUUUUUUAAAUACAACCAAGGCUAAAAAUGUCUUCAUUUCAGUGCUUCAGGUAUUUUUUUAAAUAUUUUUUCUGCCAGUCUUUAUUUAAGACUAACAUCUUGUGAAUAUCACGUUACACUUCCAUGCUUGUGAAUUGCACAUUCGUUUGCUUCAUAGACAUUAAACAUGUGUAGGGUUUUUUUUUUUUUUUUUUUUCCAAUUGUUUUUU